GGCUGGCGUGUGGGUGUCAAACGCUGCACGGGCUCGGGUCGCUCCCGCCUCUCCAGCGUCGCCGGCGGCUGCAGCCUUGCACUCGCGCUGGCCGGGAACAGAGGUGAGCCGGGACUCGCGGGGCUUGAUGUGGUGGUGUCUCGGGAGUCGGGACGGGGCGGGGCGCGGACCUUCUUUCCAGUGCGUGGACUCCCCUAGAGCACCGGCUUCCCCCUCGUUGGCCGGGGCGUGCACUGUGCGGCCAGCCGGACCCCACCCGGCUGGACUGCUCAGCCAGGCUCCGCCCCACCUGAGCCCGCUCUGAGCUGAGAGAGGACGUUUGCCUCCCAGCCUCGGCUCCUGUCUUCGCCUCACACCUCAUCUCCCGAGCCUUCAGUUUGGAACAACCCCGCCCCUCCCCAGAGCAUGCUCUUCCCCCGGCUCACCCGGGUCCGAGUCGGCCGGCCUUCCCCAGGGGACCGGGGGAAGGGGUUCCCUUACCCACGUCUUUCUCGCCCCCGGGACUGGAUUCCCCUACCCGGCCCCCACUCCACAGCACAGCGGGGACGGGGGCGGCGAAGCCAGGCUCCAGCUGCCUUUUGUUCCGCGUGGGAUGGCAGAGACCUGGCGGCCCUGUUGGGCGAGUCCGGGUGGGCGAGCCGCGCGUGGGGUCGGCCUCUUCCGGGAGACCCUCGCUCUCCUGUGGGCCGGCGGGCCGGCUCCGUCCGAGCGCGAGCCGAGCGCGUUGGGAGAGGCAGGCCAUUCCUAGAGGAGUCCGGGCCAACAGGUUUUUGUUUGCAACCUGAAGUUGGCCCAGUGGUUUUGCAGGGGGAGCAGACCGUCUGAGCUCCCUAGAAACCUUAGGUUGGUCGGUACAAGUUCGUUCCUUGGUCUGGGGCCUCAGUCCUUCCCAGCGGCCUCUUCACUUUAGUGCUGCCUUGGGAACGCAUUUGAAGUCUGUUUCAGGAAGGAUAGGAUUUAGCCAUUCUUGUGAUUUUUGACUAGGGAAACUAAGGCCCAAAAAAUGUGUUAGUUUGCCCAAGGUCAUCUAGGGAUAGGGUGUCUGACACAGCUGGAAGCCCCAACUCCGGGACACUUAAGGAUUCCUUCAACGUUAAGGAUUCCCCAAGUCGCUUGCCUGUUAUUUUUAACAUUCAUACAAGAAAAUGGGUAAAGAAAGAUGAGAAAGAUGUGUGAAUUCUUCUGCAUACUCAAGAAAAUAACCCGUGGAAGAAGGGAUUGAAAUGGGGUUGAAAUGAAAAAGUUAUGGCCUUCCUUGCUCCAAGGUUUGGGACAGGACUCUGAUUUUGCACAUCUUAGGACCCAUUUGUGGAUAAGUGCUGCUGAAGUGGGGCACAUAGCCAGCUGCAGGCUCAGGGGAUGCCAGCCACCAAUGCCAGCAGUCUGUGUUUUGGGGAUUCAUGAAGAGCUGAACAGAUGGGUAGAGAGGCAGAACAUGCCCACCAUCAGAUGAAGUCAGUGCUCUGGCCUCAGGCACAGACAGGCUCCUCAGCAUAUCUGAGUGAGCAGAGAAGGCAUCUGAAGCUUCAUGAAUUGUCUCCCUCUUACCUAUGUGGCUGGCAUGGCUGCCAGCUUCUGGGACCUGAGGCUUUGGAGGAAGAAAUGACUGUGGAUGGCCUUUUUGUUCCAUCUGCGUUUCUGACACGGAAACUUCCUAGGGUGCAGGCUUAGGGGACAGGAAAGUUUCUCUUGAAGGGCUUCACAUUUGUAACAAGAUAAAAAUGACAACUUCAUCUAUUAGACGGCAGAUGAAAAACAUUGUGAACAAUUACUCAGAGGCUGAAAUCAAAGUCCGGGAAGCCACCUCCAAUGACCCAUGGGGCCCAUCCAGCUCUCUGAUGACUGAGAUUGCUGACCUGACCUAUAAUGUGGUAGCCUUCUCGGAGAUCAUGAGCAUGGUUUGGAAGCGGCUUAAUGACCAUGGCAAGAACUGGCGACAUGUAUACAAGGCGCUGACACUGCUGGACUACCUUAUCAAGACAGGUUCUGAGCGGGUGGCCCAGCAGUGUCGGGAGAACAUCUUUGCUAUACAGACUCUGAAGGACUUCCAGUACAUUGACCGUGAUGGCAAGGACCAGGGUAUUAAUGUUCGAGAGAAGUCAAAGCAACUGGUUGCUCUCCUCAAGGAUGAGGAGCGGCUGAAGGUUGAGAGGGUUCAGGCUCUCAAAACCAAAGAGCGCAUGGCUCAGGUGGCCACUGGUGUGGGCAGCAACCAGAUCACCUUCGGUCGAGGCUCCAGCCAGCCCAACCUUUCUACCAGCUACUCAGAGCAAGAGUAUGGCAAGGCUGGGGGCUCGCCGGCGUCCUACCACGGCUCGCCAGAGGCCUCUCUGUGCCCCCAGCACCGCACAGGGGCCAUGCUGGGUCAGAGUGAGGAGCUGCAGCCACUGAGCCAGCGCCACCCCUGCCUGCCGCACCUGGGCCUAGCCUCCCACCCAAAUGGCGACUGGGCCCAGCCCUGCCUCACUUGUGACCGCGCAGCCCGAGCUACUUCCCCACGAGUGUCCUCUGAGUUGGAGCAGGCCCGGCCACAGACCAGCGGAGAAGAGGAGCUGCAGCUGCAACUGGCACUUGCCAUGAGCAGAGAGGUUGCAGAACAGUCAUCAGAAAGCGUGCAGACAGCCAGAGGCAGCAAGGAAGAACGCCUCAGGCGGGGUGAUGACCUCAGGUUGCAGAUGGCUCUGGAAGAAAGCCGGAGAGACACAGUAAAAGUUCCAAAAAAGAAAGAGGUGAAAGCUUGCUGCAAGCCAGGCUCCCACUCGCAGCAGACUACCUUGUUGGAUUUAAUGGAUGCCCUCCCCAGCUCAGGCCCUGUUGCACAGAAAACUGAGCCGUGGAGUACGGGAACCCCUGCCAACCAGACCAACCCCUGGGGUGGAACCGUGGCACCUGCGAACAUUUCUGACCCCUGGCCUUCAUUUGGUACCAAGCCAGCUGCCUCUGUGGACCCCUGGGGAGUACCUACCACAGCCAGCAUACAGUCUGUCCCCAAGAACUCAGACCCUUGGGCAGCCUCACAGCAGCCUGCCUCCGAUGCUGGAAAAACAGCUGAUGCCUGGGGGGCUGCCAAGCCUAGUCCUGCCUCAGGGUCCUUUGAGCUCUUCAGUAAUUUCAACGGUACAGUUAAAGACGAUUUUUCUGAAUUCGACAACCUUCGAACUUCAAAAAAACCAGCUGAGUCAGGGGCCUCAGUACCACCCCAGGACAGCAGAACCACGAGCCCUGACCUCUUUGAGUCUCAAUCCUUGACUUCUGCCUCGAGCAAGCCUAGCAGUGCUCGGAAAACACCUGAGUCCUUCCUGGGCCCCAAUGCAGCACUGGUGAACCUGGACUCACUGGUGACUAAGCCUAAUCCACCAGCUCAGUCCCUCAAUCCCUUCCUGGCACCAGGUGCUGCUGCUCCAGCUCCUGUCAAUCCCUUUCAGGUCAACCAGCCCCAGCCACUGACACUGAACCAGCUUCGGGGAAGCCCUGUCCUGGGAAGCAGUGCGUCCUUUGGGUCUGGUCCAGGGGUGGAGACGGUGGCUCCCAUGCCCUCUGUAGCUCCACACUCAGCACUGGGGGCCACUGGCUCCUCAUUGACACCACUAGGCCCUACAGCAAUGAACAUGGUAGGCAGUGUGGGUAUUCCCCCAUCAGCAGCUCAGCCAGCGGGCACAACCAACCCUUUCCUUCUCUAGUGCCCCGUGGGGACUUGCCUGAGUGAACACCCAGAGUGCUGGGCCAAGGACGUCAAGUGGGGACUCACUCUGAUUUGUGUAGUGGCUGAGAAUAUGGUGGUAGGGGUAUUAGAGCUUCAGGUCCAGCUUCCUGGUGAAAGGGUGGUUGUUACAAUCCAGACUUUAGGGUGGCCUCACUGUCCUAGUCAGACCCCUGGGUGUCUUCCUGAGUGCUCAGUUCCUCUAAGGUCUGGAAAGGAGGUAUUUAUCAGUGUUGCUCAAGAUUCUGGGAUGCUGUCUAGCCCAGAAUUUGGGACAGUCACAUUGUGUGUGUCUUGCCCACCCCAGUUAUCUUCAGGGUGCGGACAAGGUGAAGCUCUGACUCCAUUUGACACUGACCGUUGGGAAGUGGUUGUGCAUAUUUUAUUUUCCUUUGACUCAAUGUGAGUUCAAGGUAAACACUACUACCAGUGUGGAGCUUUAAGCUGACUGGAGCGCGACCCUGCCCUAUGGCUCUGUGCUUGUGCACGUUUGCACAUUUUGUUGAGUACAGUUUCAUAUUUGAGUUUGCAAAAUUAUCUAAUAGUCUUUUUUUGGCUAAUAUUUUUAUAACGUGGUUCUUAUUUAACUGUCUAGUUUUGAUAGAAUUGACCAAGUCUGGCUGAAUUAAGGUCUUGGCAUGUAUUAUUUUAGUGGUCUAAUUUCUCUUAUUUAUGGUUUUAACUGUAAGAAGACUUUAAAAGAAGAGAUAUUUGGAUGACAAAAUAUGCCUUAUGGAAAACUAAGCAAAAUUCUUUAUAGCAAAAAAACCGGGAAUUUGAUUAUACAAAAAGAAUUUUAUUAAAACAAGACAAAAACAUCCAACAAUAACGAAACCCGUAGCCUCUAGUUGCCUUUUUCCUUUCUUCAGCUCUUUUGAUGAAUUACCAAAUCAAUUGACUUCAGCAUUUUACCUAGAUCUGAGAGGCUUUUUUGCUACUAGUAUAUUGACAUCUUAAGGUUAAAAGGAAAAACAACGCAUGAUUGUGACUUGCCAGUUUUUAUCAACUAAUCCCUUUUUUGUACCUGGGAUGCAGGGGUUGCCAGGGACUUCUGUUUACUGCAGACCAGAAGUGUGGCUGGCUGCCCUGCCAUCAUGCUCAGGUUAAUGAGAUUGUGUGAAAAUGGAGGUGACUCUACACUUGUGGGCUCAGAGGUCACCACGGAUGGUCCCCCUAGCUGAGUCAUGACAGGGACUGGCCCUGAUUUGUCUUCCUGCCAGCUCCAACUCAGGCUACUGACCAGGAAGUAACCGUAUCCUAUUUUGGAGAAGAAAAAGUCCUCAGGUGGCAUAGAUUUAACAUACUGCACUGAUACUACCCUUUCUCUCCCAACCUCCUGCUGUCCUCACUCCUCACCCUCAAGGAAAGUAUUAAAUCUUGAAUUGCAUUUCUUCAAAGGAAGGACUGCCCCUUAUUGGUCCUGGCAGUUUGUGUGUCUUUCCUGCAAUAUGGAAUUUUAACCUUAAGCUCCAAGGACACCCAGCCACCUGCCAGUUCCUCUCUGCAUCCAGAGAAAGUUUUGACCCUCAGCACCCACAUAGUUGACUGAGUGAUUACUGUUUGAGAGAGGACUGCACUUAGGCCCCUCCUGAGUCUGAGUCUACAUGCUGUUCCUAGGCCCCACAAGCCAAGGGCCCUUCCUAACUACCCUUUCCACCCAGGACCCAAGGCCUAGGGAGAGGCUUGGGCUCUGCUGUUCAGGAAGGCUGAGCUGAUGGCUGCCUGGGAGAGAUGGAGGUAUCACAGGGCAGGGAGGCCAGGCACCAGUCCAGACUGCUUCCUUCAGAUGGUAUAGGCUAGGGCCAGAACUGCCUGCUGUGGGCCCGUGAUUCUGCUCCAGAAGACAAGAGCCCAUCUGACUGGAUCCCCAUCCCAGUAGCCAUUGGGCUCUUCCUCCCACAGGCCACCCAGCGCAUGUCCCUGUUACCCGCUGCACUGAUCAUGAAGCCGCUGGCCACUGCCAUGUGUGUUGCACACGUGCCACCAUGCCCUUCUUGAUGAAUACCCUGAAGGAAGUCACCCCGCUGCUUCUCAGUCCCAGGGCUGGUGGGUGGUUUUGGAUUUGUGUUGACUGUUGAUACUUUACUGUAUAAAUAUAAUUUAUCAUUUGUAUCAUGA